AUGUUCAUAUGGCACAAAACGAUGACAGGAUCGAAUCCAUUCGGUGAUCUGAUUCCUCUGACUGAAAUUUCAUCGCGACAAUCGUCCUAUAAUUUCACUUCAUCGAAUAAUGCUUCGCCAGCGAGAAAACGAUCAGCAGAUCGAGAUAAACGUUCGUCAUUGUUGCACAGCCUGUUCGGACGAUCUUCAUCAAAGAGGAAAAUGGUAAAAAGCGAGGAGAGAAGACGAGUUAUCAUCGGUGGAGAUCAAGUAAAACUUCCAGCCACUAAAAUGAUUCAUCUCGAACAGGGAUUUGGUAACAAGAUUGAAAAAGAUAUUAAUACUAAUCAACAAAAUACAAACAAAGGCGGCGGCUAUUCAUUUCCAGGUUUACGUUACGAUUUCAAUCAAACAAGAAGUCCAUCUUCUACUGAUUCGGCAAAUUUAAAACAAUUACCUAAGGACAACUUGCAUAUAAAUCCAUUUGUAACUCAAUCGUCUGUAGCAAAAGAUGAAUCCAUCUCGUCUUUAUCUGAUCCGAUAUCCAUACGACAACAUCCUAACGAGGAGAAACCAACUAUAGAAAGUGUUCAAAGUAUACCAAAUAUUCAACCACUUGCUAAGACACUCGAGAAAACUUCUUUCAAACCUUAUCAACAUAAAUAUACCACGCAAACACCCGCCUAUCAUUAUCCAAAACGUCUAUCCGCUAUAGAAGCACUAGCGAAAAAGUACUCACUCUCAAGUACCUCAAGAAACAGUACGGGCCUCUUCUGGUAUAGUGCCAAUCAUCAACCAAUGAAUAGAACAAUGUUGUUUUCUAAACGAAAUAAUAUAGGAAAACAACGUAAACGAACUGAUUCAUCGUCCGAUAGCGAUGAUACCUCUAGUUCAUCGAAUACUAGUACAACACCGAUGGUCCAUCAGACAUCUUCAAGCUCAUCAAGCAGUUCCAUGCAAUCGAGAAGUACAACAUCGAGUUCUCAAUCUGAACAACGAACAAUCAAAACUAUCGCACAGUAUAAUUGUAAUAAUUAUAAUGAAGAUGGUGAUCUUAUUCGAGUCGAUUUGAAAUCUAAGACAAGUCGAAUUUCAUUGUCAACAAAUAGCACAACAACAACAACAACAGACGAUAGUAGCAGUUCUUCAUCAUCAACUCAAACCACUAAAUGA